AUGGGCGUCAUUCGCAAAAAGACGGUGACGAGGGGCGGCGAGGGGGGGGUCAAAUACGUUUGCGACGUGUGCUCGUCCGACAUAACCUCGACGGUCCGCAUUAGGUGCGCAGACCCGGCAUGUUCCGAUUUUGACCUCUGCGUCUCCUGCUUCGCCAAGGGCGAGUCUCGCAAUGCCCACGACCCCGCGACGCACCCCUUCCGCGUCAUUGAGCAAAACUCGUUCCCCAUAUUCGACGCCGAAUGGGGCGCCGACGAGGAGCUCCUGCUCCUGGAGGGCGCCGAGAUCUACGGCCUGGGCUCCUGGGCCGACAUCGCCGACCACAUAGGAGGGUUUCGUGACAAGGACGAGGUCCGCGACCACUACCUCGACACUUACGUCAACUCGUCGCGCUUCCCCCUUCCCCAACGAUGCAGCCCCUACGACUCGGAGCUGGCCAACCAGGUGCCGCGCGAGGAGUUUCAGGCCCGCAAGAAGAGGCGCAUAGAGGAGCGCCGCGAAAAGGCAAAGAACGCGCCCGCUCUGCAGGCCAAGACCAAGCCGACGGCCAGCGUCCCCAGCUGCCACGAGAUCCAGGGAUACAUGCCGGGCCGGCUCGAGUUCGAGACCGAGUACGCCAACGAGGCCGAGGAGGCGGUGCAGCACAUGCAGUUCGACCCGGGCGAUGGCCUCAACUCGCGCACCGGCGAGAUGGAGCCCGAGAUGGAGCUCAAGCUGACCGUCAUGGAGAUUUACAACUGUCGACUGACGCAGCGCGUGGAGCGCAAGCGCGUCGUCUUUGAGCACGAGCUGCUCGAUUACCGGGAAAACACAAAGGCUGAUAAGAAGCGCAACAAGGAGGAAAAGGACGUGCUGCAAAAGGCCAAGCCCUUUGCGCGUAUCAUGAACCACCGGGAUUUCGAAGACUUUAGCCAGGGCCUCGUCGACGAGCUGAACCUGAGGCAGGCCAUCACGCAGCUGCAGGAAUGGCGCGGGAUGCGCAUCGGCGACCUACGGAGCGGGGAAAAGUACGAGACGGAAAAGGCGCAGCGGGCGCAAAAGUCGACGCCCAUGGGCUCCAUGGACAGGGAACGCCUGGCGUCUAACCAACGCUCCAAGCAGCCCCCGCCCCCGGACGCCCCGAGCGGCGCAGCACUGCUGGUCGCGCCGGAGCUGGCGAUUCGGCCGGCGCUGCAAACCAACGGCGAGGCGGUCAAUGGCGAGGCCAAUGCGCUGACCAACGGGCACUCCAACGGCGGCGAGGGCGUCAACGGGCACGGGGCGGCGAGGCAAAAGUACACGGCGUCGCCCAUCUCGGGGGUGCAGCCGCUGGCGCUGAGCCAGGACAACGCGCCGGACCUGCACCUGCUUACGCCCGACGAGGCCAAGCUGUGCGAGGUGGUGCGGCUGCAGCCGAAGCCGUACCUGAUGAUCAAGGAGCAGAUGCUCAAGGAGGCGCUCAAGUCGAACGGGACGCUGAAGAAGAAGCAGGCCAAGGAGAUAUGUCGGCUAGACUCGCAGAAGGGGGGGAGGAUAUUCGACUUUUUCAUCAACGCGGGCUGGGUGGGCAAGGCUUGA